AACUAUAUAUUCUGACAGAAAGAAACCCAAAGCAAUUGCAUGUAAUUAAUAAUGGCCAAUGUUAGUAUUAUGCUAAUUAUUUUGAUUUUGCUCUUCCGUACGGGUUCGUUAUCAGUUACUGAUUGCAUCACUUCAUUCGAGUCAACUUUAAGCGAUGGCAUUACUUUGGUUUCUAAAGAAGGAAGAUUUGAGCUUGGCUUCUUCAGUCCAGGUAUUUCGAACUAUCGCUAUUUGGGAAUUUGGUACAAAAACAUCACAGUUCGAACUGUGGUUUGAGUAGCAAACAGAUGCAACCCCAUCAAUGACUCAUCUGGCUUGCUAGCCAUAAACAACAAAGGAUAUCUCACGCUUUUGGAACAGAAUAAGAGUGUCGUUUGGUCGACAAGUUUAGCCAAACAAGCCAAGAAACCGAAGGUGGAGUUUCUAGAUUCUGGUAAUCUUGUUGUGAGAGAGGAGGAUGACACAAACCCUGCAAACUAUUUGUGGCAAAGUUUUGACUAUCCUUCAGAUACAUUGUUACCAGGGAUGAAAUUGGGAUGGGACUUGAGGACCGGUCUGAAGUAGCGUAUAUCGUCUUGGAAGACAUGGGAUGAUCCCUGCCCUGCAAAUUUUUACUUGGGGGUUGAGUUUUAUAAGCAACUUGAUGUGUUCCCUGAUACAAUUCUUCGGAACGGGAACGUGGAGUUUUUUCGUUCGGUGCCAUGGAAUGGUGUUAGUUACAAUGGCGGUCCUUCUCUAAAGCCUAAUCAAAUUUUCAACUUCUUAUUCAUAAACAACGAUGAUGACGUAUAUUACACCUAUGAUCUCAAGAAUAAGUCAGUGAUUUCAAGAAUAGUCAUAAAUGUAACGACUAGUAAAUGGGAUCGAAUGAUAUGGGUGGAAAGCCAGCGAAGAUGGGUGUCAUACUUAACUAAUCCUUCUGAUCUUUGUGAUGAGUACGACAUGUGUGGAGCCAAUGGCAAUUGUGUCAUAUCUAAAAGUUCAAUAUGCCAUUGCCUGAAGGGCUUUAGACCCAAGUCUCAAGAACAAUGGAACUCUGUAUAUUGGCACCAAGGAUGUGUAAGGAAAGUACCACUAAGCUGCAAGAAAAAACAUAAGGAUGGGUUUUUGAAAUUUUCUAGAUUGAGAUUGCCAGAUACUAAACAUACAUGGGUGAACAAAAAUAUGAACUUGAAGGAUUGCAGGGCUACAUGCCUGAACAACUGUUCUUGCGUGGCUUACUCAAACACAGAUAUCAGAGGAUGAGGCAGUGGUUGUGCUAUGUGGUUUGAUGAUCUAAUGGAUGUUAGACAAAUCACAGGAGAUGAAGGAGAUGAUGGAUUAGAUCUUUAUAUUCGUAUGCCGAAGUCGGAGUUAGGACAUGACGGCCGAAAGAUGAAUAAAGUAGUUCUGAUUGUUCUGAUUGGAGGCGUAUCUAUGAUGCUCUUUCUUGGCUAUUGCUUUCUCAGAAGGAGAAAUAUAAAUGGGAAAUCAUAUAGAAACCAAACAAUAACUGAUCAGAAUGGAAGCGAGGGUGAAGAUUUGGAGCUUCCUUUGUUCGAUCUUUGGACAAUUAAUGUUUCAACUGAUUACUUCUCAGUGAGCAAUAAACUUGGAGAAGGUGGUGUUGGUCCUGUUUAUAGAGGCAAGCUAGAAGAUAGUCAAGAAAUUGCUGUGAAAAGAUUAUCAAUGAGUUCGAAACAAGGCCUAAAUGAGUUAAAAAAUGAAGUAAAGCUAAUCGCACAACUUCAACAUCGAAAUCUUGUAAAACUUCUUGGUUGUUGCGUUCAAGGAGAUGAGAGCUUGCUAGUUUAUGAAUACAUGCCCAACAAAAGCCUCGACUCUUUCAUUUUUGAUCAAAAUCAAGGAAAACUACUUGAAUGGUGUAAGCGCUUUCAAAUUAUUUGUGGAAUUGCUCGGGGGCUUGUUUAUCUUCACCAAGAUUCAAGAUUAAGAAUAAUACACAGAGAUCUCAAAGCUAGUAAUAUUUUACUUGACAGUGAGCUAAACCCUAAGAUUUCUGACUUUAGGUUAGCAAAAAUAUUUGGAGGAGAUCAAAUAGAAGAUAGGACGAAGAGAGUAAUUGGAACUUAGCGAGUAUCUACAUAUUAAUCUACUUUGCCUUUUAAAUUAAUGUAUUCCCUAUUAUGACUAACCAUGAUGGUCUUAUGUAGUGGCUACAUGGCGCCAGAAUAUAUUUCCGAUGGACUAUUUUCUAUAAAAUAUGAUGUUUUUAGCUUUGGUAUAAUGGUGCUAGAAAUUGUAUGCGGAAAGAAAACAAGAGGUUUUCACCGUGAAAACAAAGGUUUUACGCUCAUUGGACAUGUGAGAAUCCAAAAGGCCGAAUUCCUCACUCUUGUACUCCAUAUUUCUAAUAAAAUGUAUUUACGAAUGACAAUUUAGAUCAAUUUUAUAUAUUUUCAGGCGUGGACAUUGUUCAAAGAUGGCUGCCCAUUAGAAUUAAUUGAUAAGUGCUUGAUAUCUUCUUAUGACAACUUUCAUGAAGUGUUAUGGUGCAUCCAUAUUAGUCUUCGAUGCGUGCAACAAAAUCUUGUAGAUAGACCAACAAUGUCGCCAAUCGUCUUGAUGUUCGAUAGCCUUAGUGAGCUGCCUCAACCCAAUCCACCAGGCUAUUUCAUUGAGAUAGAUUCAAUUAAAAGAGAUCGUUCGGGUAGUAGACCUAAAUUGUCUUCCACAAACGACAUGAGCAUAGCAUUACUUGAGGCUCGAUGAGCUCUAAUGCAGAAUUACAUAACAUGCAUCGUCCCAUAUAUUAUGUAGAAAAUGAUAAAUAACGUUCAUGGCAUGUACAUUUAUUUUUUUAAUCUUCUUUUAGUCCAUGCUUUUAUAAUAAUAUACUUGUGAUGAAGGCAUGUACUCCAAUUUUUUUUAAUUUUUAAAAUAUAGUUUAAAUAAAUAAA